UGUCUAUGACCGAAAUUUUCUGCCAUCGGUCGUGUUCACGUUACAUAAUUCCGGCCGCCGAUUAUUCCUCACCCAAGUGCUCCGGAUAAUCGAAAAUGUUGGGGGCAGUAAGUAGGGUUGGAAGCGGCUUCUUAGCCGCCAAGUCUGUUGCCGAAAAGGCCGUCACAGAAUGCGGCAAAAUUGCUGCUGUCUCGGCCGUCAACAAGAGGGAUUAUGCUGCCAAAGCCGCAGCAGGCAAGGCGCAAGGUAAGGUGGUCGCGGUCAUUGGUGCCGUUGUAGACGUACAGUUCGAUGACAACCUGCCUCCCAUCCUCAAUGCCCUGGAAGUGCAGAACAGGCAGCCCCGGCUCGUGCUGGAGGUGGCGCAGCACUUGGGAGAAAACACGGUGCGCACCAUCGCCAUGGACGGUACCGAGGGUUUGGUGCGCGGACAGCCCGUGUACGAUUGCGGUUCACCCAUCCGCAUCCCCGUGGGCGUGGAGACGCUCGGGCGCAUCAUGAACGUGAUCGGCGAGCCUAUCGACGAGCGCGGCCCCAUCCCCACCGACAAGACGGCGGCCAUCCACGCCGAGGCGCCCGAGUUCGUGGACAUGAGCGUGGAGCAAGAGAUCCUGGUCACCGGCAUCAAGGUCGUGGACCUGCUGGCGCCCUACGCCAAGGGAGGAAAGAUCGGCCUGUUCGGCGGCGCCGGUGUCGGCAAGACCGUACUCAUCAUGGAGCUCAUUAACAACGUGGCCAAGGCUCACGGUGGUUACUCCGUGUUCGCCGGCGUGGGCGAGCGCACACGCGAGGGUAACGAUUUGUACCAGGAAAUGAUUGAGUCUGGUGUCAUCUCCCUCAAAGACAAGACCUCCAAGGUGUCGCUGGUGUACGGCCAGAUGAACGAGCCCCCAGGCGCCCGUGCCCGUGUCGCCCUUACCGGUCUCACCGUGGCUGAGUACUUCCGUGACCAGGAGGGUCAGGACGUGCUGCUCUUCAUUGACAACAUCUUCCGUUUCACUCAGGCUGGUUCUGAAGUGUCUGCCCUGCUGGGUCGUAUUCCUUCUGCUGUGGGUUACCAGCCGACCUUGGCCACUGACAUGGGUACUAUGCAGGAGAGAAUCACCACCACCAAGAAGGGCUCCAUCACCUCAGUACAGGCCAUCUACGUGCCCGCUGAUGACUUGACUGACCCCGCCCCGGCCACCACCUUCGCUCACUUGGACGCCACGACUGUGCUGUCGCGUGCCAUCGCCGAGCUGGGCAUCUACCCCGCCGUGGACCCUCUCGACUCCACCUCGCGUAUCAUGGACCCCAACAUCAUCGGCGCCGAGCACUACAACGUCGCCCGCGACGUGCAGAAGAUCCUGCAGGACUACAAGUCGCUCCAGGACAUCAUCGCCAUCCUGGGUAUGGACGAGUUGUCCGAGGAGGACAAGCUGACGGUGGCGCGCGCGCGCAAGAUCCAGAGGUUCCUGUCGCAGCCCUUCCAGGUGGCCGAGGUGUUCACUGGCCACGCCGGCAAGCUGGUGCCGCUCGAGGAGACCAUCAAGGGCUUCUCCAAGAUCCUGCAGGGCGAGUACGACCACCUGCCCGAGGUCGCCUUCUACAUGGUCGGGCCCAUCGAGGAAGUUGUAGCCAAGGCUGAGACCCUCGCCAAGAACACCUAAACUGUUAUUGAUGUGAAUGGAUGAUGAAGUAAUGUAUUUCUUAUUAAAUCUAGUGAUUACCUA